AUGUCAUGUUCAAAAAUAUUUUCUGGAAAUUUACCUGAAUUAAUGGGUAAAAUUAUUAAUCAUUUUCGGAAUGAUUUUUCAACGUUACAUUCAUGUAUCCUAGUAAAUAGAAUAUGGUGUCGUUUCGCAAUACCAAUAUUAUGGGAAGAUCCAUUUUCAAAUCCUUCUAAAAAUAAUCGUUUUAUUGAAAUUUAUUUUCAUUAUUUAAAUGAAAAUGAUAAAGCACAAUUAAAAGAAUAUGGAAUUAAUAAUUAUUUAAUUCUAUCAGAUACAUUAUUUAAUUAUCCUACUUUUAUAAAAUGUUUAAAUACACAAAAUAUUAUGCUUUUUGUUGAAGGUUGGGUUAAAAAUUUAAUAAUUGUUGAAUCUUAUAAUACCUUUUCUACACAAGAUACAAAUUUCCCUUUAUUUCCAAGUUCUUAUCGAUGGUUAAAUGCUUCAAAAUUUGUUUUUUUAUUAUUAAUUAAAAUAUUUAUUAAUAAUGGAAUACAUUUACAUACUUUUGAAAUUAAUAUUCUUUCUGAUAUGGAUUGUAAUUAUUUUAAUAUUGCUUUAGGAUUUAUUUUACAAAAUCCAAAUUUCAUUUAUAAGAUUAAAAAUUUAAAAUUUUAUUUUAAUGAAAAAAUUAUGAAUGUAAAUUUUUUUUUAAAAUUUUUACAUUAUAAUUGUAAUUCAAUUACAUCACUUCAUUUACGACAUUCUGGUGUAAUUAAUUAUGAAUUAAUUAAAUAUGAUUUAUCAAAAUUAAUUAUUUCACAAAAAAAUCUUGAAAAUAUUUUAUUUGAACAUGAUAGAUAUGGUACAUUAUUACCAUUAAAUCAUUUAUUAUCAUCUUUAAAAUUUUCUAAUUGUUUAAAUACAUUAAAAACAAUCAUAUUUUAUGAAAUUAAUUUUAAAGGUAUUAAUACUUUAUAUGAAGUAUUUCAACAAUUAAAUGCUUUAGAUUCUAUUCAUAUUCUUUAUUGUUAUUCUUUAACAUUAAAUUCUGAUUUUAUUCAACAAAUUAUUAAUCUUACUAAACCAUUUAAAUUGAAAUCUUUAUUUAUGGAAGAAAAUAAUGAAAUAUUACAAAUUGAUUCAAUACAAUUAUUAUUACAAAAAUCUGGUGAUUAUUUAGAAAAUAUUGGUUUUAGAUCAUUAACAGGUGAUCAAAUUAAACAACAAUUAUUUGAUUUGGUAAAAAAUUAUUGUACAAAAAUUAAAUUUUUUGAAUUACUUGGUUUUAAUAAAAAUAAUUUAAAUUCUGUACUUGAUUUAAUUAAAAAUUUUAAUCAAUCACUUAAUUAUCUUUCUAUAUAUGAUCAUAAUCAUCCUGUUGGUCUUAGUUCAAUUAUUUUACAAAAUUUAGGUCAAUUACUUCCUUUUAGAUUAGAAUAUUUAUGUUUAUGUCUUAGAUUUAAUACAAAUGAUUUUGAAAUAUUUUUAAAAAAUUCUCAAAAUACUUUUAUUAAAAAAUUAGUUAUUAGAAAUCAAUCAAGAGGUGAAAUUGAAAAUAUUUUACCAUAUAUUAAAAAAUAUAUUAUGAAAAUGAAAAGAGUUGAAUAUUUAGCUAUAUUGGAAAAUUUAUUUGGAAAUAGUGAAGAUUUGUUUACUUCAAUGGAUGAAGUAGAAGAAUUUAAAUCAUAUAAUAUUAAAGCUAAAAAUUAUGAUGAUUUAUAUAUUCAACCUAUUAAUUUUAUAAAAGAAAAAUAUAUUUAAAUUAAGGCUUGUAUAAUUAUUGGGGUAGUUAAAUUGGGAUUAAAUCUCCUUCUGGCAUAUGAAUAUCAUUGUUUCAACUAUUCAUUAGUUUUUCUAUUAUCAUGAUGUAUUUUCUACAAUUGUAAGAUACUGCUGCAUAUUACACUUUUUCCUUCAAAAAAAGCCUGAUCUACAAAGAAAAUAUUAAAAUAGGAGAAUAGGAUAUAGGAAAUUGGCCAGAUUAUGUGUUAUAUUGUAUAUAUUCACUUAUGAGUUGUUUUGUAAAAAAAAUAAUUAUACACAUAUUUAUAAAAAAUUUAUUAUAAUCUUAUAUUACAUUAAAAUUACUCAA